GCGGGACGUCAGCCUGUGGGAGCGGGCCUUUUGGAGGAGACCGGAAGUGGAGUCACUGACAGGUGAAUAGAAAUGGAGAGAAAAGUAAGCAGAAUCUAUUUUGCUUCUGAACCUGAUAUAGUUCAUUUCCUACAAGUCACUUGGGAGAAAACACUAGGAUCCGGUUUUGUUAUUACACUUACUGAUGGUCACUCAGCCUGGACCGGGACAGUUUGUGAAUCUGUGAUUUCCCAAGAAGCUGAUGACAUGGCAAUGGAAAAAGAGAAAUAUGUUGAUGAACUGAGCAAAGCAUUGGUGUCAGGAGCAGGACCAGCUGAUGCAUACAAGUUUAAUUUUUCUAAAGAGUCUUGUCAUUUCUCCUUUGACAAAAUCCUGAAAGAUGUUUCAUUCAGACUUGGUUCCUUCAACCUAGAGAAAGUUGCAAGCCCAGCUGAGGUCAUUAGAGAUCUUAUUUGUGACUGUUUGGACACCAUCACGGAAAACCAAGCCAAAAAUGAGCACCUGCAGAAAGAAAAUGAAAGGCUUCUGAGAGAUUGGAAUGAUGUCCAAAGACGGUUUGAAAACUGUGUGAGUGCUAAGGAAACUGUGGAGACUGAUCUUUACAAACGGUUUAUUCUGGUGCUGAAUGAGAAAAAAGCAAAAAUCAGAAGCUUACAAAAAUUGUUAAGUGAAUUUCAAGAACUAGAAAAGAACAUCGAACAUAAAAGAGAAACGACAUGUUCUGAAAUGACUGCUGCCAGAGACGCAAUCUACAAUGCAAGUACUGAUGAAGAAGGUGAAAACCUGCCGGGUCCUUCUGGGUCAGCUCCAGCUACUUCUAGAAGAGAAGAUUCCAUUAUUUCAAGUCCUGAUGUCACUGAUAUUGCACCAAGUAGAAAGAGGAGGCAGCGGAUGCAGAAACAUCUUGGGACAGAACCUAAAAUGGCUUCUCAGGAACCUCAGCUUCAAGAACAGGAAAAGCUUGAUCCUCCGCUACCUGAGAUGUUGAAAAAGGAGCACAGCUCAACUGAAAACGUGUCUUUAGAAACUCUAAGAAACAGUAGUUCAGAAGACCUCUUUGAUGAGAUUUAACUGUCUCAGGAAAAUACUUUGAUGUUCACUAGACUAUGUUUUCUAUUCAUUUCUUUAAACUAGAAAAAACAAAAUUUCAGUUCAGCAGUGGCUAUUACUACAUCUUACAAUUUAAUUACAUACACACUGAGUUGAAACCAUUGUGCAAAAUGGAUUACAUGUGUAUAUGAAGAUAUGAUUUGAUGACAGUGGUACAUUAUUCUAAACUAUUCAUUCAGCAUGCCUAUGAUUACAUAAAAUCUCACUUUUUGUUGCAAAGGACACAUUUAUCUUCUUCAAUUCACACAUAUUAUAUGUGGUAGCUGUCUAACAUCCUGUCUAGGAAGAUUUUGGAAAUAUGACAAAGGGAAAUGUCUACAGUUCUUUUUAGAAUAGUCAUAUUCAGAACAAUUAUGUCUGGGCAUUUUAAUUUGUGGGAUGAUGUUUAAAAUCUAUUUUCAGUUUGUACACAAACAACCUGAAAAUCUGAGGAUACAAUUUCUAAUGUA